GACUUCCCUAAGGGCAUUUCCGGUUCCGGCUGCGGGCCGGUGAAGAUAUGGCGGCGUCUGCGUCUGCGGCUGCAGGGGAGGAGGACUGGGUCCUUCCCUCUGAAGUUGAAGUGUUGGAGUCCAUCUAUCUAGAUGAACUACAGGUGAUUAAAGGAAAUGGCAGAACUUCACCAUGGGAAAUCUACAUCACUUUGCAUCCUGCCACUGCAGAGGACCAGGAUUCACAGUAUGUCUGCUUCACUCUGGUGCUUCAGGUCCCAGCAGAGUAUCCCCAUGAGGUGCCACAGAUCUCUAUCCGAAAUCCCCGAGGACUUUCAGAUGAACAGAUCCACACGAUCUUACAGGUGCUGGGCCAUGUGGCCAAGGCUGGGCUGGGCACUGCCAUGCUGUAUGAACUCAUUGAGAAAGGGAAGGAAAUUCUCACAGAUAACAACAUCCCUCAUGGCCAGUGUGUCAUCUGCCUCUAUGGUUUCCAGGAGAAGGAGGCCUUUACCAAAACACCCUGUUACCACUACUUCCACUGCCACUGCCUUGCUCGGUACAUCCAGCACAUGGAGCAAGAGCUGAAGGCACAAGGACAGGAGCAGGAACAGGAACGGCAGCAUGCUGCAACCAAACAGAAGGCAGUCGGUGUGCAGUGUCCAGUGUGCAGAGAGCCCCUCGUGUAUGAUCUUGCCUCACUGAAAGCAGCCCCUGAACCCCAACAGCCCAUGGAGCUGUACCAGCCCAGUGCGGAGAGCUUGCGCCAGCAAGAAGAACGCAAGCGGCUCUACCAGAGGCAGCAGGAGCGGGGGGGAAUCAUUGACCUUGAGGCUGAGCGAAACCGAUACUUCAUCAGCCUUCAGCAGCCUCCUGCCCCUGCGGAACCUGAGUCAGCUGUAGAUGUCUCCAAAGGAUCCCAACCACCCAGCACCCUUGCAGCAGAACUAUCCACCUCACCAGCCGUCCAAUCCACUUUGCCACCUCCUCUGCCUGUGGCGACCCAGUACAUAUGUGAGAAGAUUCCAGGGGCCAGGUCAAAUCAGCAAAGGUUGGGCGAAACCCAGAAAGCUAUGCUAGAUCCCCCCAAACCCAGUCGAGGUCCCUGGCGACAGCCCGAACGGAGGCACCCGAAGGGAGGGGAGUGCCACGCCCCUAAAGGUACCCGUGACACCCAGGAACUGCCACCUCCUGAGAGGCCCCUCAAGGAGCCCAUGGACCUAAAGCCAGAACCCCAUAGCCAAGGAGUUGAAGGUCCUCCACAAGAGAAGGGGCCUGGCAGCUGGCAGGGGCCCCCACCCCGCAGGACUCGGGACUGUGUUCGCUGGGAGCGCUCUAAAGGCCGGACACCCGGUUCUUCCUACCCUCACCUGCCUCGGGGCCAGGGAGCAUACCGGCCUGGUACUCGGAGGGAGUCCCUGGGCCUGGAAUCUGAGGAUGGUUCCUAGCAGGACUUGGUGGGGGGAACAGGGAAUUGGGGAUGGGAGGGGGGCAAUAAAGAUAUUUGGCCUUCUUUGGCUUUCUUUGCUUAGCAGCGCCUAGCCUGUGAGGAAUGGCUCUUUUUCUCAAUUCCUAGUAAGAUUGGGGUGUGGCAGAGCAGCCCCCAACUUUGCUCUGAAGUCUGUUCUCCGAAGAGCUGGGUAAAGAGGGUCUGACGUCUCAUCAGCUAGUAUAGUGAGUUUCAGGGAAAACUAGUGGGAUGUCAGCAUGUAAGCAGAGUCCUUAGGACCCACCGUUAACAACCCAUUGUGUAUACACCCAUGCCUGUCCAUUAUUUAUAUACAUAGAAUGCCUUUAGGUAGAGAAAUUUAGUUUCCUGUUUUGUGUCUCAUCUCUUUAUCUUAGGCUAUGCCCCAUCAUUUGUAUAUGUGGUUGCCUGACUGACCCCUGUAGGCACCGAUUGCAGCCCCUGUCUUACUCAAGUACCAAUCCAGUGAUGAAGGGAGAUGAGAGAGCAGAGUAGUGUGGCAGAUGUUUAUUGAACUAGAGGAGGAGAGCUGAGCUGAGCCCAGCCUGAUCACCUCCUCAGAGACUCAGCAUUGUGAAUUGCCCCUACAGGGUCAUUUUUAUACAGCAUGAAGUAGCCCUGCACCUGGGCAGGACUGAUCUGGUUUGUAGCUCGAAGGACAUGUUCUGCAAAGUUCUCAGCUAAGGAAGGUGCCUGCCCUGGAUAGAACCUCUGGAACAUCUGGGUCAGCUGCCAGUGUGAGCAGUAGCCCACGUACUCCUUCAGGUCCACUCGCCCCGGGCGUAUCAGGGCGGGGUCCAGCCUGAGAGAAGACAGGGAAAGCAGGUCACACUAGCACCCAACAGAGAUGGCCCCUCGACCUCCUGUUCCUCCCAGGGCACUAGUCUUGCCUAAGUCAUGCCUAAGUCUCAGGAUGCCUGGCUCCUUCCUACCUGUCAACGUGGUUGGUGGUCAUGAACACGAUACGGGCUUCAGUGGAAGCCACACCAUCCAAGGCAUUGAGCAGUCCACUGAAGGUGAGGCGACCUAGGCCUUGGUACUUUACUGGGUCUGGAGGAAGGCAAAGAUAAGGAAGCAUGAGUAGUCAUAGCCCAGCAUAAAAUUAGCAUGCCCCACUAUGUUCCCCUACUUAUCCAUGUGUCUUGUGGGCUCUUGUCACUAACCCAGGCAUCCUCCACCAGCCCUCUGGAUUUUUGCUUUCUUCCCCUGUUCCACAGUUACCCACUCCACUUCCUCCAGAACCCCUCACUUACUCUCCACAGCCAAGUCUCGACUGAGAAAAGCAGCAUCCACAUCCUCCAGGAGUACCAGGCUCUGCUGCGGGGCCACGCUCAGCAGGUGGUUGAGUCGGUCAUCAGAGAGGCUGGAGUCCGUGAGGCUCAGCAGGCAGAUGCUGUGCUCCAGUUCCCCGGCCAGGG